AUGCCAAUAAUAUUUGUGAAACGCUUAUUAUUUCAAUCAAAAACAGAAUAUCAUGCUGGUAAUCAGGCUCAAAUUGAUCGAAAAUACAGAAUUAAACAUGCAAAAGAUUUAACUGAUCAAGCAGUUAGUAAAUACACAGUAGCUGUUUUUACACCAACACUUCGUACAAAUCAAGAGAAAAUAACUAAAGCAGCAACAACUGCACAUAAAGAUAAUGAUUUCGUUUAUCAUGAACAAAUACCAGAUCCGAAAACGCUUGAAACUAUUUUGGCUCAACCAAUUACUAAACCAUUACCACCCAGGAGAUUCAAUCCGACCUACACAUCUUACCGGAAACCAUCGGAUCCGAUAUCGGAUUGCUCCGGAAUCCGGAAAAGAUAUCGCCGGCAAUAG